AUGCCAACAGGAAGCUGCCUAUGCAAGAACCUCCAGUACGAGUACACCGGCGAAGGGCAUGUGAUAAUAUGCCACUGCCUCCCCUGCCGCCGCCUCUCCGGUUCCGCCUUCAGCACCAACAUCCUCCUCCCGCGCUCUUCCUUCCACCUCACCUCCGGGACCCCAAAAACGAUCUCCCGCCCCGGCGACAGCGGGCUCGACGUAACCCUAAACUUCUGCCCUGAGUGCGGGCACACCAUCUUCGUAACAGGUGAGGGCGCAGGGCUAAGGGGUAGCGUUGUCGUCAAGGCGGGCACCCUGGAUGAUCCGGAGCUGCUAGAUAAAUUAAUCCCGGCGGAGGAGAUCUAUACGGAGCACAAGGUCAGUUGGAUGCAGACGGAGCGGAAGGUGAAGAGGCCGGGGGAGAAUAGUGGUCCCAUGGGCGCGGUUCUUGCGGCUACGCUUAUGUUGUUGGGGUGA